CGGAAGCCGAGAAGUCGCGCUUCGCGACGCCCGCCUGUCCGUCCCGCCGGCCGAGAGACUCUGCCCCUCCGGCGUCCGAGGCCGACCUCCCGCGGGACCCGCGGCGCCCCGAGGACUCGCGGCCGGGCCGGGCUCCGUGUGGCCGCGGGCCGGCGCCAUGGAGGCCUUCACCCGCUUCACCAACCAGACCCAGGGCCGCGACCGGCUCUUCAGAGCCACUCAGUACACAUGCAUGUUGCUUAGGUAUUUGUUAGAGCCUAAACCUGACACAGAGAAGGUGGUAAUGAAGCUCAAGAAACUGGAGUCUAGUGUGAGCACUGGCCGCAAAUGGUUCCGGCUGGGCAACGUGGUCCACGCUGUUCAGGCCACUCAGCAGAGCAUCCACGCCACGGACCUGGUGCCCCGCUUCUGCCUGACGCUCGCCAACCUGAACCGUGUGGUUUACUUCAUCUGUGACACCGUCCUCUGGGUGAGGAGCGUAGGGCUCACCUCCGGCAUUAACAAGGAGAAAUGGCGACUGUGGGCCGCCCGCCACUACUACUACUCCCUCCUGCUGAGCCUGGCCAGGGAUCUGUACGAAAUCUCCCUGCAGAUGGAACAGGCCGCGCAGGACAAGGCAAAGAGGGACAGGUCGCUCUCCCAGGAUCCUCUGGGGCACAGCGUGGCCGAUGAGGAGACAGAAUGGCUCCAGUCCUUUCUCCUGCUCUUGUUCCGAUCGCUGCGCAAGCACCCUCCCCUGCUCCUGGACACGGUGAAGAACCUCUGUGACCUCCUGAACCCUCUGGACCAGUUGGGGAUCUACAAGUCCAACCCUGGCAUCAUUGGGCUCGGGGGGCUCGUGUCCUCGGUCGCCGGCAUCAUCACUGUGGCCUGGCCUCACCUGAAGCUGAAGAUGCACUGAGGCGACUCCAGGCUGAAGACUCGCACCUCUUGGGGGGACGGAAUUAGCGUUGGGCAUGGACCAGGCUUGGGUCGGUCUGUGCUGAACGACUCGUUCGCAUGAGCGUUGAGUGACCUGGUGCGUGAGCGGAGGUCGGGCCGAGGAUGGAGGAGGGAGAGCAUGAAGAUGGACAUGUUUUGUCGAGUGCUGCGAUCACUUCUGAAUUUCUGAGUAUUUUCCCUUCGUCUAACAUUCAUUGCGCCUCUCUUCUGCACAUAGUAGGAGCUUCGUGUUUGCUGAAUGACUAAACAUUGAAAGAAAACAAGUGUUUAAAGGUCCAAACCAAUAAGUGACGCUAAUACGCAGUUAUUGGUGGGCUGUGCCGCCUCACUGCUUCUGCGCACGACAGCAGCUCUGAUUCACAGCCCUAGAGCCAGCAGAGGCCCCUUUCUCCCCAGAGCCCACGCGGGAUGGUGGGAGCUGGGCUUCCGGCCUCGGGAAUCGCUCGCCCUGGCAUCACUGCCCGCCUGGCCCCCGCCCGGAAGUGGAAUCAGAAAUGCAUCAGGCACCUCCAAGGUCUCGGUUGUGUCUGAGGUAGUGCAGUGACCAAGCAAAAAGGCAGAAGCACUUAGAAAGAACUUGAGGCAAAAAGAACGUGGAAGGUCACCACGGGGUAGCCUGUGACAGAUAGGGAAACGGGGUUGAAAGAAAGCCGAGGCCAGCACCUCAUUCCGCUGACGGCCAGUCCAAGGCCCCUCAGUCGUGAGUGCAGGAGCCAGACUGGGACCCAGGAUCAGUCGUGGCAUCACCUCCGUGAUAGCUCACUGCCGUCGGGUGGAGGGGAGUGGGAGACUCUGGAUCCGGUGCAAGCAGCCUUUCUGAGACUCGGUGUUGGUCAGUGGUUUCUAUUUUCUACAAAAAUUAAAACUAUAGGGUAUCCUCCCCCCCCCCAAAAAAAAUGUAUACACACACUUUGAAUAGUUACAAAGGCAGUGUUUAUUAAAAUCCAUCUUACUUUCAAAAUUGAGCUGUUAGCAUGUAUAUACAUUUUGGGGGGGACACCCUGUAUAUUUAGACGUGUCAGCAAGAUGGUUUUAUUUAAAGCCAUAGGACAGUUUGGGCGUUUCCACAUAAAUUUAUGCAAUGAAGUUUCACAAAUACUCUGAAUGUCGGCGGGUCGCAGUUUUCUAUGACCAGUCACGCUCCGUGUGUGUGUGUGUGUGUGUGUGUGUGUGUGUGUGUGUGUGUGUAGGGGGUUGGGCGGUGGGCGGAGCCGUAGGCAUUAGUGAGGGAGAUGUCUCAGUGUUGAGCAGAGGCCACUUCCUCGUGUUCCUACUUCCCAUCUUGGGUGCCGGGUUCUUUUGUGAUCACAGAUCUAAGUGAUUGAGCUUCUUAGAAAGUAGGCUCAGCUUCUUGGCUCUUUUUUUUUUUUUUUAAUAUAUUUUAUUGAUUUUUUACAGAGAGGAAGGGAGAGAGAUAGAGAGUUAGAAACAUCGAUGAGAGAGAAACAUCAAUCUGCUUCCUCCUGCACAUCUCCCACUGGGGAUGUGCCCGCAACCAAGUUACAUGCCCUUGAGUCCACAGGCCGACGCUCUAUCCACUGAGCCAAACCGGUUUCGGCGGUUCUUGGCUCUUUAUUUUUAAAGCGAUCAAGAUUCAGGAUUUGAGAAGAAACCUUGGGGGAAUUUUAAGAGACAUGAAAGCGGCUAGAUCAGGGCACGUGAAACGUUUAAACAACUCUUGAUACUUUGUCCAGAUCCUUUACUGUAAUAGAUGAAACAUGUCUGAUUAAAUCUCUAGACAAACUUGA